GCGCGCUGACCUCCUGCGCAGGCGCGGCAGGUCCAGCGCGCGCGGCGCAAUGCCGGCGCGGCAUGUUUCGCGAGUCCGAGGUUUAUAUAAGCGUAUCUUGCAGCUCCACCGGGCUCUGCCCCCGGACCUCAAAGCUCUGGGCGACCAGUACGUGAAGGACGAAUUUAGGAGGCAUAAGGCUGUUGGUUCUGGCGAGGCCCAGCGUUUCUUGCAGGAAUGGGAGGCAUAUGCAGUGGUGUUACAGCAACAAGUUAAGGAGAGCAGACAGAGUUCAACAGGAGAAGCUUGCUUCGGCACCUCUCUCCCAGAAGAAAAACUCAAUGACUUCCGUGAUGAGCAAAUCGGACAGUUGCAAGAGCUGAUGCAAGAAGCUACUAAACCCAAUCGGCAGUUUAAUAUCACUGAGUCUACAACACCAAAAUUGUGAUUCAUAAAUCUUAAGAAUGCAUGUAAAAUUGAUAACGUCUUACCUCUUCUAUCAUUGGCUCUUUAAAUAUAUCCCUUCAGCUUUAAUGGAAUAGCCUCAUUUUUGGACAGUAGGAAUGAUAUAUGGAUCAAGAUCACAAAUGGCACACUGUGCCAUCACUGGAAUAACAUAUUUGCUGUAUGGAAUGUAAUUUUGUGGAAUUUAAUUUUUGAACUAAAAGAUGUAAAAAGGAACACACUUUGGAAUUGCACUGAAAAUUUCUUUUUUGUAUAUGAAUUUGUUUUAAAUUCUAUUCCCAUCAAGCAUUAGCUCAUGGUUUGUUUCUAGCUUCAUCAGUUAGAUAAAUAUAACAUGAUAGGGGUAGAUGUGGAAUUCCAGUAAGUUUCUUAUUAGAUGUAUUGCCAUUCUGAAAGUGCCACCAUGUCUUCUGGCUAUCACUCAGAACAUCCUUUUUGAGUUACUCACAGUGAAAUUUUUAAUAAAAGCUUUAAGAUUCAA